GUCUCAUUAUUAUUCAGGCCAAGGCAGGCACGCGCGCCACCAGCUGGUGUAUCAUAGCUGCCUGUAAGACACCCAAUCGACACGCAUUGCUCGUCCAGUGCACUGCUCGUCGAGCGCCGCAGGAAUUGAAUUGCUGCUACGCGUCGACGUGGAGAGCACUCCAAUUUAAGCGUAGAAAGAGCGCACACCUGCACGCCACCGACGCGCUGACCAUCAACGGCUCCUUUUCAAGAAGUCGUUGACAAUCAAAAACGAUGACCAGACCUCGCCUCGCGGUAUCAGCGGUCCUCGUGCUCGCGCCGCUCUGUGUUUCGUUCAACCCCGUGCAGAGGAUUCGCAAGGACUUCCUCGCGCUCACGGUACGGGCGAGUCCGCGGCAUUUGAUGCGACCGCGGACCGAGCAGGGGCGGCGGGAAUGCGCCGCUAUCUUAAAAUCAAUUAAAAACUCGACGGCCAGCGGCACCUUUGUGGUCGACGCCUUCGCCGCGGCGGCGACGCAGUACUCGAGCGACGCGGAGACGGCCGCGAGCGGCGGCCUGCUCGGGGAGAUGAUCCAACAAGGCGUGAUUCGCUCGAAGGCGCUGGAUCGAGCCUGCUUCACAGCGAACCUUGGCGAGGUCGAGGGGCCCGUCGAGAGCGAGUACGGCUGGCACCUCGUGCUCACGCCGGAGCGGAUCAACUGCAAAAAGGACAACGGCUACGUGCGCAUCGAGCCGAGGACCGACGGCAUCUCGACGCCGAAGUACGUGAAAGAAGACAAUUCCGAGCGCGCAAUGCAGGGCGAGGCGCUCGGCAAGACGGUCCAGACCGUCGCGUUCUGGGCGCUGUCGUGCGGCUUCAUCGCCGAGGGCGCGGCGCUCAUCGGCAACUCGCUCCCGUCCUAAGUUUCCUGUGUGUGUCCCAGCGACGGCGUGGGGGGAUGUGCAAAGAAACC